GCCGCCGGGGAGACACCCCCGGCCCGCGGGCCCGCCCCGGCUCCGCCGCCUGAGCGCCGUGAGGGAGCGCGGCGGGGCCGUCCCGCGCCAUGGAGCGCUACGAGAAGCUGGGCAAGGUCGGGGAGGGCUCCUACGGCGUCGUCUUCAAGUGCCGCAACAAGGACACGGGGCAGAUCGUGGCCAUCAAGAAGUUCCUGGAGUCCGAGGAGGACCCGGUGAUCAGGAAGAUCGCCUUGAGGGAGAUCCGCAUGCUCAAGCAACUCAAACACCCCAACCUGGUGAACCUGCUGGAGGUGUUCAGGAGGAAGCGGAAGCUGCACCUGGUGUUCGAGUACUGCGACCACACUGUUCUCCACGAGCUGGACAGGCACCCCCGGGGGGUGCCAGAGUACCUGGUGAAGAGCAUAACCUGGCAGACCCUCCAGGCCGUGAACUUCUGCCAUAAACACAACUGCAUCCACCGAGAUGUAAAGCCAGAAAACAUCCUGAUAACGAAGCACUCCGUCAUCAAACUCUGUGACUUCGGAUUUGCCCGAAUACUGACCGGUCCCAGUGACUCCUACACGGACUACGUGGCCACCCGGUGGUACCGCUCCCCGGAGCUGCUGGUGGGGGACACCCAGUACGGGCCCCCCGUGGACGUCUGGGCCAUCGGCUGCGUUUUCGCCGAGCUGCUCUCGGGGGUCCCGCUGUGGCCUGGGAAGUCUGACGUGGACCAGCUCUACCUCAUCCGGAGAACCCUGGGGGAUCUCAUUCCCAGGCACCAGCAAGUGUUCAGCACCAACCAGUUCUUCAGCGGGGUAAGAAUUCCAGACCCGGAGAGCAUGGAGCCAUUGGAAGUGAAAUUCCCCAAUAUUUCAUACUCUGCUCUGUCUCUCAUGAAGGCAUGCCUUCGGAUGGACCCUGCGGAGAGGCAAACCUGUGAGCAGCUGCUGCAGCAUCCCUACUUUGACAGCUUCAGGGAGGCAGUGGAUCUGGGGAAAGAACGGGAAAAAACAGCUCGGAAACCAGCUAGGCUGACUCGGAAGCACAUGCCAGGGUUACAGCACCUGCCCCAGCUGACCAGCAGUAACGUUCUCCCAGCUUUGGACAGCAAGAAGCACUGCUGCAAGACAAGGAAAUCCAACUACCACUUCCCAAACAUCUGACCAGAUUCAGACCUGAUUGUUCAAAGUUCAAGGAUAAAUUCGGGAUUUAUAAAGGGAGGAUACACAGUGGAAAACUAAAUUACUAAAUGCUGUGACAUGUACAAAGCGAGUCCAGCCUGAUGAGAGGCUGCCUCACUGCUCCAGGUAGUUCCCAGCCUGCUGCAGGGAUACACCUGCCUUACUACUGCACUUAGAGAUCACAGAGUAUUAAAACUACUGGUGGUGGCUUCACAGUCUCAACAGGCACCACUCCCAGGAGAACAGAGCAACCAUAACCUCUGGUUUCUUUACUCUUUUCAGAGUUUCUCCUGAGUGUUUCAUCCGUUGAUUGCUCUUCUUUGCUCUUUCUGACAAUAGUGAAGCCACUUGCUUGUAGUUACAGGAAUUGUUUUGAUCACAACUAAUCAUGAACUUAAUUUAUAACAGUGGCCAGACACAGGUAGGAAUCCUACCUCAGUGUUUGUAUUAAGAGUGACUCGGGUUUGUGGAAUCUCAGGAUGUAAUAUUGGGUUGAUUUUGAAUAAAAGAAAUGUAGCUUGUUUUUCCAA